AUAAAAAAAACUAAGCUUGCUAAAGCUGGUAUUCAAUACCAUAAGUUUAGAGAAUUUUUUUUUAAUAAUAUCUAAUAUAUCUAAUAAUUUUUAAAUAAAGGCGGGGUGUUUUAGCCAAGUUUUCAUAUUCUGUGUCUGUUCUGUGAUCAUAUCAUUGUCAUCGUGCUUUGUGGGUUGUGGGCGUCUCUAGUAAAUGACAUUAGUCUAUGGUUGCGGGUUGUGGGUUAUGUUAUCUUCCUACAACCUACCCAGUUCUGAGUUGCUUUAGAAAAACAUUGAUAAAUUUCUGUAUUUGUUUUAGAUUUAUACUGGUUUUAUAUUAGUAUUAUUUUAGAAGAAAUGUGCAAGAACAGAUUUUAAAAUGUCUCUGGAACAAACGGCGUGCGAAGAUAUUCUUGUAGAUUUGAAGGCUUUCGAAAGGAGAUUGACCGAAGUGAUAGCAUGUUUGCACCCUUCAACGACUCGCUGGAGAAUUUUAGCUGUAGUAUCAUUAUGCGUGGCAACAGGAGCUAGUCAAUGGAUUUUUGACCCCGAAACUCGAGUAGUUUCCCUAUCGCAAUCAUUGUCAAAUCAUCCAUUUUUUAUUUUAUCAACAGUAAUCCUAAUGUUUUUAGUAAUUAUUUUGUUACUGGGCGUACACAAGAGGGUAAUAGCUGGUUCCAUAAUCACUUCUCGGACAAGAGAGGUGCUGAGAGACUUUAAUAUGUCUUGCGAUGAUACUGGUAAACUUAUACUAAGACGAAGGCCUGCUAACGUUACUUGACAUUUAUUUUAUUAUAGUUAAGAAUUAGACCUAAUUUUUUUAUUUAAUUUGUAUGGAUGUUUUGUUACCGCAU